ACUCCGGCCCACUGUAAUCGAAAGCUAAAUGAAGCUCGCUAUGGCGAGGUGACACAACUGAUUCUCAUAGAUGACGAGGAUGAGCCAUAGCGCUCUAAGCGGGGCGAAGAAGCUUCUAAACCCCUCCGCUGGCUCACGCGCCGUCACCACUUCACCCACGCCGCAGCCGAACAACCUCCCCUCCACCUCCUCCUUCGGCGGCCAAACUCCUAGAGACAAAGAACAGCAAAACCUCCAUCGCAUUCUUAAAUCCUGCAAACGCUACUUGGAUUCCGCAAGUGCAAUUCAAACCCACGCUAGAAUCAUUACACGUGGAUAUGACACCUACCCUUCUCUCCUCGCUUCCCUUGUAGCUGUUUAUAACCGCUGUGGUUGUCUCAAUUUAGCUACUCAACUCGUUGAUCACAUUAUCAGUUGUGCUUAUGUUGUCAACUUUUUUAAUCUUGUUAUUGAAAGCCUAAUGAGGAGUGGGGAAUGUGACAUUGCGAAGAGAGUAUUCCGAAAAUGUCCUAACCCGGAUUUAGUAACUUGGAACACUGUGAUUGGAGGCUGUGUUCGGAAUGAGCGUUUUCAGGAGGCGUUGGGAAUGUUCCGGAAGCUGUUGAGCUCGGAUUUGGAGCCGGAUGGGUUCACAUUUUCGUCUGUGAUCACUGCGUGCGCGCGGCUUGGGGCGCUGCAUAAUGCGCAGAGGGUGCAUUGUGUGAUGGUGGAGAAGAGGAUUGAGCUGAAUUUUAUACUGCGUGCAGCUCUUAUAGACAUGUACUCAAAGUGCGGUAGAGUGCAGACUGCUAGAGAGAUUUUUGGUGCUUUCCGGCGUAAUGAUGUCUCGGUUUGGAAUGCGAUGAUCAAUGGACUUGCAAUUCACGGGCUUGCUUUGGAGGCGAUUGAGAUAUUUGCAAAGAUGGAGAUGGAGAAUGUGUUGCCUGAUUCUAUAACUUUUGUUGCGCUUCUGAAAGCAUGCGGUCAUUGUAACUUGGUGGAAGAGGGUCGCAGGUACUUUGAUUUGAUGAGUAGUCGGUACUCAAUGCAGCCAGAAAUUGAGCAUUAUGGAGCCAUGGUUGAUCUCUUGGGUAGAGCGGGGCUUCUUGAAGAGGCUUAUGCAACCAUAAAGGCCAUGGCAGUGGAGCCGGAUGUUGUUAUAUGGAGGGCACUUCUUAGUGCAUGUAGGACUCAUCGAAAUCCAGAACUUGGAGAAGUUGCCAUUGCCAAUAUAUCCUGUCCAAAGAGCGGAGAUUAUGUGUUGCUUUCAAAUACUUAUUGCUCUAUGAAGAGGUGGGAAAACGCAGAGAGAGUGCGUGAAAUGAUGAAGAAACAGAGAGUUCGUAAAAAUCAAGGGAAGAGUUGGCUUGAAUUGGAUGGUGUGAUACACCUAUUUAGGGCUGAUGAUCAGACACACCCUGAAAUCAAAUCAGUAUAUAGUGUAUUGGAAGCAUUGAUCCUGCGGACCAAGUCUGAGGGCUUUAUGCCUGUGACAGAGUUGGUCUUGAUGGAUAUAUCUGAAGAGGAAAAGGAGGGAAAUUUGAAUUUUCAUAGUGAAAAAUUGGCGUUGGCCUUUGCGAUCCUGAAAACAAGUCCUGGAACAGAAAUCAGGAUCUCAAAAAACCUUCGGAUCUGUCAUGAUUGUCAUUGCUGGAUGAAAAUGGUUUCAAGAAUACUCAAUAGAGAUAUAAUUGUGAGGGAUAGAAUUCGUUUUCACCAUUUUGAAGGUGGUAUGUGCUCUUGUGGAGACUAUUGGUAGCCGAUACAUUCGAUAUCUGAAAAUUGAAAUGUAUUAGUGGAGUAGAGACCUGCAAAAUGGAUAGAGCUCCUAGGUAUCCUCGGAUAUCACUGUUUGAAUAUCCCCAGCCUUCCAGAUCACCAAUGAAAAUAAACUU